AUUUGAAAAUAUUUUAAUUACUUAGUGAAUAACUUUCAAACAUGAUAAAUCCGUGAGAUAAAGCUAUUCAGAUUAUAUGAUUUGACUAUAUAAAACAACUUGUAAUUCAUAAAAUGUAUCAAUUGCAAUUGCAAGCGACAUGGCAAGCUCAGGUCUUCUUUUAACCUCAACUAAAAUCGGGAUUUUAAUGCUAUAUAUCCAUUUGGCAAAGGCAGCACGAAAAUGGGACUAUGAACCUAUAUCCUUUGUGGGCUUUUCUUCUGAUGAGAGCCAGCUAAAGUUUGAAACGAAAGUCGAUCGAAUGGGGCGAUCUGAAUGGGGAAUAUCGGGAAACUUGGAAUGGAAAUAUGAUGCCAGCGAAGAAACCAUGGUAGAAGCCGUUGCCUAUCGCAGUACAAACGGUGAGGAGAGUGACUACAAACUGUUACCCUGGACCAUCCCUAAACAGCCCUUCUAUGAUUACCUUAAUACCUAUUACAAAGAUGUGAUUGUUAAAAACCUCGGCGGCUGCUCAAAUCUGCCACAAUUUGAGGGAAAAUUUCAGCCUCCUUGGCCAAAGGACACCUACAAGCUUGACAAGUGUCAGAUUGAUGGUGAUGGAUUACCGGAAUACGCUCCUCCAGGAUUCUACAAGAUUGUAUUCACCACUUUUGGCAAGGGACAGCCAUCGUGGGGUGUCACGGCCAUCUUUAAGCUGACAAAUAAAAUGUUCUAGGCAUUGCAAUAUUUUUAUAUAUUUAAUAACAUUUUUGA